ACUUCGAUAAACCGUCCGCUCGAUCUUGCGAAUCCCAGAAUUCUGAUUGGUUGUUUAUACAUUCAUGUACUUCGCUGUGUAAACAAAGACGAAAUGGGAUUUUUGUGAAAAACUCUAAUGAUUUCUUUCUAAACCAAAACUCUUGCUACAUCCUGUGGAUUUAUUUGGCGCCCGAAUGCGAAACGAUUUGAAUGUCGGAUGUUUGAGACGGUUUUGUAGAUUGGUUCUGACUAUGAAGUUAUCGCGAUGGAUGCAGAUACAGGAGAAACUAAUCAAGAUAUCCCUAAUGUGCGCCCACUGAAGUGUCGGUUCAAUGCAACCUCUGACCUGGCUCUCCUUGAUUUGAUCAAACACUACAAUCCCUACGUUGCUGAUAACAGGACCGCUGCCUGGAAAGACAUCGUGCGAUCGCUCAACGAGACCAAGAUUUUCCCAAAACCUCUCACAGACAGAGCCGUCAAGGAGCGGUUUGCAAAUUUGGUAGCUUGGUUUAAAGCCAAGGAUUUGCGGAAUAAAAGCCGGAGUGGUAGUGAAGAGCAGUACGGGCGGAUGGAGUCCCUUCUGACUGAAAUGUGUGAAAUUAUUAAAGAUUCCGAAGAAACAGAAGCGGAAAAAACGCCUUUUGCUGUGAUAGCCCGAGAGAACUCGUCAAAGUCUCCCUGAGUUAGCCAAGGCUGGUUAAGGGCAGAGAGCAAUCGGGACCAGUGACAGUCAACCAAUCGCAGCGUAUGAUAAAAUAUUCGCGCCAGAGACCCAUGAGAUCUUCCGAAAAUACUCCGAAGAUCACACCAUCGAUUAGGAUACGACAUCCUUCGUAACAAAAUACACAAGGCCUCUACACCAGUACUUCUAUCUCGUUCUACAGUACGAACGAGAUCCGGGAUGCGCAAAGCCAUCCGUAGGCGAUCUAUAUCAUCCUUCCGGACUCGAAACAUCCUCCAACAAUCCAAAUCCGAGAAGCGGUCGAGAUGAAAAGGUUUUUCGAUCCAAGCCUCCUGCUUUUCACGGUAAUACGCUUCAUCCUGUCUUCUUUUAAGGAGUCUUAGUGCGGUAAAUUGUCUUCUGUCUAUUCGUCCUGAUCUCAAUAAAUGGGCAAUAAUAAAGAAACGCAUUUUCACUGAAAGAAAUUUGAACUCAGAUGUUAAAAAUGCUGCUACGUCUAAGAUCUUCCCAAAAAAUUAAAAAUGAAGAACGGUAAUCGUGCGUGGUAUAUCGUACGGUCCCAAACAGUUGCGAACACACAACGUCUUCUCCGGUGCACUUCCGAUACGGUCCG